AUGGCCCGCAAGGCCGACGACCUCCUCGCCGACCUGGACUCUCUGGGCAUCGAGGAGCAACAGCCACCACCUGCGAAUAAGGCCAAGCCAGGCGCAAAGACCGCCGCUGCCUCUGCAAACGACGAGGACGAUGCACUGGCAUACCUGGAGAAGCAAUUGGCAGCGAAGCCAGCAGGCACAUCACGCCCGUCGACUCCGCGCUUAAACUCGUCUACGACUAGCGGUACCAGCAAGAGCCCAAAGAGGCCCACAGACUAUACACCUGCGACCACCCCUCAAGGCAGUAGUGAGCGAAAUAGUAGCGAAGACCGACAUAGAGCCACUACGGCGCAGACGAGAUCCAGUGGAGAGGGCACCAGGAGCUUUCACACCGCACAAACGCCUGCAGCAGAGAAUGCCGUGGCAGAGUCCUCACAGAAAGCCGCGGGCGGAGGUGGAGGCUGGUGGGGAUCGAUGUUCAAUGCUGCAAGCGCUGCUGUCAAGCAAGCAGAAAGCCUGGCCAAGAAUCUCCAGACGAACGAGGAAGCGCAGAAGUGGGUGGAGCAGAUUCGCGGCAACGCGAACUUGCAAUCGCUCCAGAACAUUAGCGCAGACCUCAGAUCACGAGCACUACCCACUUUCACUUCUCUCAUAUCACAUAUCGCACCGCCGAUCUCUGCACACGAACGACUACAGAUCCACACCACUCACGACAUCCAGAACUACCCGUCUCUGGAUCCGCUCAUCUACGACACUUUUUCUCGCAUCAUGGCGCAAGUCGAGGGUGGAGACCUUCUAGUCAUUCAGCGUGGCAGUGAAUCACGGAGUCGAUCGAGCAGCGACAUCCAAGGCUACAGGGGCGGUGUGCUCGGGGGCGGGAACAGGUGGACCGAUGGACCUUGGUGGAGAGAAGAGAGCUCCAAACGAAGUCUGGGCACGAUUUCAGGCCUCAAGGAAGGCACAAGACUGGCAAGAGUACAAGCAGAGAGCUAUGCAAAGGACUUCUUUGACAGCAAGGGUGGAGUUGAAGAGGCAGCGAAGCGUGCGACCGAGACAUUGAGCGAGACGAACCCAGUCCGAUCAAGCGACAUCUUCUUAGCCAUCCAAGCCGUAGCUUUCAAAGCCGACAAAGACAACUUUGCCGAGGAUUCGCACGCCGAGAAGGACACGACUGUCGUCACACCCGAAGACCCCGAAGACGAGCAGAUCGUCUUCGCCAUAUACAUUCACGACCCACUUCACAGCAUAUCCUUCAAGGCACUCUCGCAACCUUUCCCACAGAAGUGGGCCGACUGGCUCGACGCCGAAGCCAGCGCGGGCGGACUUCCAGAGUCCAUCAUGGAGAUCAUCCAGGCCGGUGGCGUGGACCCUCGAGAAUGGGUCUCGGAAUGGAUGGAGGAGAUUUUGUCCCUGGCUGUCGGCGUCGUUGCUCAACAAUACGUCGCGAAGCGUAUGGGUGUAGGCGAAGGUGGGAUUGGAAGGGGCAAGAAGCGUGCUGAGGAGGAUGCUACUGCGGGAGAGGCGGCCAGGGCGGUAUAA